AUGGCAACUAUUGCAACUUUCGAAUAUUUGGACGAAGCCGUAUCGUCGGCGCUGAACGAAGUUCUAAUUUCAGGGGGUUCCGCUUUGGAAAUUGUCUCCAAUACUUCAGGCACAGUCACUUUCUGGCGUGUUGAUAGCAGUGGUAGCGAAGCAAGUAAUACAACCAGUGACCUCUUCGCUUUCUUUGGUGUCGCUCGUGAAAGUCAACAGUCAGAACUUCUUCUUUCUCUCUCCAUAUAUUCCAAAUUACAUGGCCUAAAUAUUUCUGAUGUGGGAUCGAAAUUUCGAAUUAAGCUUAAGAAGAGAGUGAGUGAAAGCAACGGUUCCGUCAACGAUGAGGAAGAGCUAUACUUGCCAGAUCCACUAGUAGCUAUCGAUGCUUCAUUGAUAUAUCAAUUGCUAAUAAUGCAUGCGUUUGAGAUGGAUGAUACCGGCAAUGCCAGUUUUACAUUUCAACUGGAACCAAUGCUUUCAAAUCGUGAAUUGAUUACUUGA